AUGUCUCAGCCAGCACCCCCUCCGGGUAUGCCUACCCCUCAGCAACUUCAGCAGAUGAUUGCAAUGGAGGCUCAGAAGCGUGGCAUGACCGUCCCUCAAUUCCAAGCCUUCCAACGCCAACAGAUCGAAGCCGAAGCCGCCAAACUGAACAUGUCCCCCCAGCAGUUCAUUCAAAUGAAACAGGAAGAGGCCAGACAGGCUUUCCAAAGACAGCAGGCUGCGCAACAGCAACAGCAAACGGGCCAACCUCAGCCACAAGGCCAAGUCCAACACAUUCCUGUCAACGGGGAGGUCGAGGCCAAACCCGAGGCGCUGGCUGUUGCGAAGUUCCUGCGAUCGCAAGAUUUGAAAACAAGAACCUGCAUCUUCAACGGCCAGAGGAAAGACAUGUUCAAAGUGAAACGGGCAUUUCGCGCGCUCUACUCCGAUGCUUAUAAAAAGGCUCGCACCAAGGAUCCUCUCCUGCCAAAAGUCGAAAAUGAGAUGGAAGCCCGUCAAGCUGUUCAGCUUCUCCCUCUCUCAAUGCUGGCUUUGCGUGUGUCUAAAAAAGACCCUCACGAGGGGCAUAAUCAUGCCAAACCAAAGAAGGAAAAGCGUGUCAAAGGACAGUGGGAGGUCAAAAUCGAACAACAACAGGACUUUGAACCUAUGAUGCACUAUGUCUGGCUAUACGAGGGCUCCCAGUGGAAGACCAAGAUUUGGGCUGGUGUGGUUGUCCUUCUUGUUUUCGCAGCUAUCCUCUUCCCACUCUGGCCCCUGGUUUUGAGACAAGGAGUAUGGUAUCUGUCAGUUGGCGCGAUGGGACUUAUUGGGUUAUUUUUCGCCAUGGCGAUUUUCCGACUGAUCCUGUUCGUCUUCACAUUCUUCCUUACUCCUCCAGGCCUCUGGCUUUACCCGAAUCUGUUCGAGGACGUAGGCUUCUUCGAUAGCUUCCGUCCAGUAUGGGGCUGGCAUGAAACCAAGGAAGACAUCAAGAGAAAGAAGCAUGAGAAGAAGGCAAAACGUGCUCAGAAAGCCGCCGCCGCUGCUGGUGAGAAGCCCGCGACCAUUGUUGCGGAGACUGCUACCGCGGCGACUCCUUCAAAUGGCACUGCGGUCACUUCUGGGUCUGAGGCGGUUGUGGUGUCCGUUCCGGCAAGACGACAUGCGGCCCCGACCGUAGAAGAGGCCGAUGAUGAAUGA